UUGCAUCAUUUAUUUAUAUAAUUUCCUAUUUAUUCCUUUUUAAUGUUUUACGAUAAUGUCAUGAUUUUUAUUAAAUUUGUGUAUUAAAUAAUAUUAUAGAUUAUUUUGUUCUUACGCUUCUAAUUUUCAGAGAGAGAGAGGCCUAUUUGAAAUAGGAAUAUGGUAAGCCUUCGUAGUUCUAGUGUUAAUAACUUUCUACCAGCUCACAAUUAGAUACGAUUUUGGUUAAUCGAUACAACAACUACAACAAUAAGGUACACAAGACGGUCCGAUUAAUUAGGCAAAUAUAUAUGUAUAUAUCCCUGACAAGGACUGUUUUUCAGCAGUGUUCUGUUGUAAUAACAAUAUGGAGGUUUAAUAAUUUACAGUUUUUUAUUUUACUAUUUAAAAAUUGUUAUUGAUUUCUGUAGCUUGCUUCGCAUACGCAUAAAUACUUAUAUGCCAUAGUAUAUAACUACAUACGCAAAAAUACAUCAUUAUUGUUUUUAUAGUUGCUGCCGCCACUGCGGAUUUUAGCGUCUCCCUUUUGUGGUUGUUGCAAGUCUUUAUAUAUUGUUCUUGUUUUUUUUUUUUAUAACUUCUCUCUCAUUGCCUUUCACGAGCGCAAGAUAUGAUACAAAAAAAAUUAUUUAAAUUUUUUCUCAAGCAAAUUUACUUGCUAUCUCUUUCGUUUUUUGUGACGCUGACCUCUGCUGCACAAAAUGCAUAUGCACAGCUACCAGAUACAUAUUUAUUGUAUAUAUUUUUAAGUAGCUUGUUUGCCCGCUACUUUGUAUAAAAUUAUUAUUUUUCCUUGUACGCCAUAUUGUAGUUUUAUUUAUGUCUUCUCUACGCAUGCAAUGUUGUUUAACCACCAUUAAACAUUUUGCCAUUCUACGCGCUCUCCUCCUUGGAAUAUUAAACAUAAUACAUAUGCGCGCGCUCUCACCACGCUAUUAUACGGCUUGCUUUUCAAUUUGUUAUACUCGAUCCUGCUGCAUGUACACAAUAUUGUUUCUUGUCUUAUUUUUUUUUUAUAAAAUUGUAUUUGUUAAUGUUCCUUGGUGUCUCUCAGCUUGUCAGCAAUGUCUCGGUUAUGUUGCCACAUGUGUGCCGCGCCUGUUCUAUGCUUGGUAGCUGGUUAACAGGCAGGCGGUGGCGGUUUGUCUGCCUGCUCUCCUUUUUAUUUUUCCUUAAAAUAUUAUUUUAUUUUUGUUGUUUCCGCUUUUUGCUGUUGAGAAAUGCUAAAGUACAGUGUUCGAAAUUUUGCGCUACACUUUAGUAAUUGUAGUUGUUAUUGUUGUUAUAAUUGCUGUUGCCAUUCUGCUUUACAUUCUCUGGUUAAACUUCUGCUUGUAUGUAGUUGUUUGUUGCUGCUGCUACUUUUAUUUUAUUACUUUUUCGAUUUCAGUAUUUCUUUGUCAUUUGGCCUUUUCUGUUAAAUGCAAAAAAGGAAUUCGCUACUCGCGCACAGAUAAAUUUGCUGCAGAAAAUUUAUGUCUUAAGAAUGUGAAAAAUAAGAAAUUUUCUUUCAAAACGUAUUGCGGCUCCUUCAAAUAAACUAUGAAGGGGUAACUCUCUGUCGUCGCUUAGAACUAUUAGCGCUUCCCUAAGACUCCGUAAAGAGUUUAGACUUCCCUACAAUCAAAAAACACGACAGUUCUAAUUGAAAAGUGCUAGGACGAAUAUAUAUACAUAUACGACGAGUUUUAAGUGAAAACGUCAAUUUCUCACGGCAACAGCAUUAUUUUACCUCGAGCUAACGAAAGCCUGUACCUGAAUCUGAACGCCCGGUUUACCUACCAACGGCAACGCCACAAUGAACGCGUCUCAGCGUCAGGAGUUUUGUGUGCGCUGGAACAGCCAUUUGGGUAGUAUCGGCGCCGCAUUUCCUCAACUUUUAGCCGGUCAGCGUUUUGUUGACGUGACCUUGGCCUGUGAGGGACAUCAAGUGCAUUGUCAUCGCCUUGUUUUGGCCGCAUGUUCAUCGUAUUUUGAUAGCAUUUUGGCUGAAAAUCCUUGCAAACAUCCAGUCAUCAUAUUGCCCAGUGAAAUCAAGUUGUGGGAGAUCCAGGCGCUAGUCGACUUUAUGUACAAAGGUGAGGUGAAUGUCACACAAGCCGGUUUACCGCAACUACUGCGCUGUGCCGAACAGUUGCGCAUACGCGGUCUCUAUGGCUCUGAUGCCGCAUUGAAUUUGAAUCAAUUGAAAGCGCUUACGAAUAAAGCGGCUGCGGCUGCUGUUGCCGCAACGCAACAACAACAUGCGGAUGGCAUUGAGACGGACACGGAUACCGCUACCAAUUCGACGACAACAACAACAGCGACAGCGGCAAGUGCAUUGCAACAGUUGCAUGCGGGUGGCGGCAUGGCAGCGGCUAUGAUGGCGCAAGAGCUGCAACAGCAACAGCAGCAGCAACAACAAAAGUAUCAGCAACAACAGACAUUUAUGAUUAAGAAGGAGCCCAUUCAACAGGAUAUGGAACAUGAACAACAAAUGGAACAGUUGCAGCAACAGCAAUUGCUACAACAUCAACAGCAAAGUAACGGCACUAUCGCGCAUAACGCCUUGCAGCAAAAUCACCUACAACACCAGCAACAGCUCGUACAUCAGCAACAGCUAUUGGCACAACAACAACAACAGCAACAACAACGCGUGCCGCAAGCAACAUUGGCACAUGUGGCCAACGCCGCCGCAGCCAUGGCCGCCGCUAGCGCAACGACAAAUUCGAAUGCCAACAGCGAGGAUGACGAUUCGGGCGAUGAUUCCAAUUCCAAUCAGGCCUAUGAAGAUCAGAAUAAAUAUAGAAUGCAGCAAAAAGUGGCUGCCAAUAAUAUGAAAACGACACAAGCGGCCGCCGCUGCUGGCGCACAUCUGGACUCCACCAUAGAAGAUGAUCAUAACUACGUGGCCGCGCAUGAUGAGGAUAGUAGCUAUUGCGCUAGCGCAGACACUGAACACGACAGCUCAGCCAAUGCAUCAUUACUCAGCAUGCUGGCGGCGCAAGCGAAUAGCGGCGCUGCUAAUACCGGUGAAAUAGCCGGUUCGCUGAAACGUGUACGCCGCUCCGAGGCAUCACUGGCACAAGCAGCAAAGUGCGUUUCAAAAGGACAAACCUUCCAAACGGUCAGCAACAUGUUCAACAUACCAGUAUCAACAAUACGCUUCUUCAUGGCGCGCAAAGGUAUAUUGCCACGUCGUAAGCGCGGACGUGGCGCCUCAUCAGCGGUGAAUAGCGUGAGCGCCGCUAGUGGUGGCUUGAUGACAGCCACGGCGGCAGCAACUAUGGCACAAGCGUUAUCGCAAAUGAAGCGUGCCGAAAGUCCGAGUGGCUUUCCGGCGCAUCAGUUGGUGAGCGGUGCCGGUGUUGGCGGCAAGGCACACAUCUAAUUCAAACACAGCAACGAAGACAUGUUAAACUUGUAAAGUUUAGCAGUAAGCGUUCAAAAGCUCUCAACGGUUACGAGUGAGAUAUACAACUACAACUACACGUACACUUAAGCGUCGUACGGCGAAAAAACACAGUAAAAAUACUCUUAAGCUAUUGAUGUAUGUAUAAGAAAAUAUACCGCAAACGCCAAUUUACUUAAGUAAUUAUAUGGUAUACAUUAAUAUUGAAUUAUUUUUAAAAUUUUAUUAUUCUUAAAGUUCAAUUUUACGUAAAUCAUUCUUGUGUGUGCACACAUAAGCAAGUUACGAUGUACAAAGUAUUAUUUUAGUUUGCUACAUUCAUAAGUAGCGGCAGCUAUAUGCAAUUUACAUAUAUAUUUUUCUAAACGUCAAAUUGUCAUACGCAGUUUAAAUGUUCGUAUUUGUUGUGCUGCGCGCAAAAGGUUUUAUUUUUAUGCACAUCGCAUUUAUAUUUAAGGUUUUUAUAUAUUUUAAAAUGUGUUAAAAGCAGCUGUAUCAUAUUUUACGUGAAACUUUUGACAAACGACAAAACAUUGCGCUUGUGUGCAAAUUCGAUUUUUAAUUUUGUAAUAUUUACAAUAUUCAAUUAAUUUUUAAUACACGAACAUUUUCCAUUUCAAACAAAAUGCCAAGUAUGCAUUUGUUACAAAAAAAUGCUUCAAAACAAUUAAUUUUUUAGUUGUGGUUUUUUUCACAUUCAGUCAUUGUGAAUAUGCUUUCGUGCUGUAAAUAUUUAUAUUUAGUAGUAAGUUCAUAAUUUUAAUGCACAAAAGUAAAACGUUUGCAUUUUUAAUUUAGUACUACUUAAAGCUAGUUGACUAUAGUAUUAAGUUAAUAGUUUUAAGCUUCAACUAAAUUACUGUUGACGAAGCGUUCAGUGUGUUAGUGCUAAAAAAAACUUUUUUUUUACUUUUAAUACAAAUUUCUGCAAUAACUCAUUUAUAAAUAAAUAAAAAAACAAAUAGGAAAAUUUUAAAAUAAUAAAUAUUUUAUAAUAACUAACUUUUUUUUUAUAUAUUUUUUUUUUAUUUAUUACUGAUUUUCGAUUUUCUUUUUUUAAUUUACAAAAAAUUAUUUGUGCAAAUCCAUUAGCUUCCACUAGCACAUGUACGCUUCAUAACGGUUAGCUAUCAUAUGCUUCAGUUCCAUGGGUUUCCUAUAUUAAGUAUGUAAACUUAUAUUUACAAAUACAAAUGUGUAUAACAUUAUAUUUAUAUAUAAAAUAAAAGUAAAAAAAUGUCUGCGCGAUAAUCUCUAUACAAAGAACACAAUGAGUGGUAGAGUAAGCACUAACAUAAAAAACAUGCAAAAAAUUACAUUGAAAAAAAAUUAAACGAAUCAAUUAAGUUUAAUCGAAAAUUUGACGAAGCAUGAAUUCAUACAACCUCAAAAAAAUAUCUUAAAUUGUUGUUGCUUUCAAUGAAAACCAGAAACUAGAUGACCAGUCGGUAUUCAAUGUUUUCGAAGAGCAUUUGAACAUUUAAUAGUGAUUUGCUAAUACGAUUUCAAAUACAUGCAACUUUCAUGUGCUUUUUUUGUAUAUUUUUAAAUAAGCUAACAAUCAUUAUACGUAAGUUUUAAAUACUCCAAAUAAUAAGUAGUAUUAUUUUCCAUAGUACCACGUAAACGAAAGUAAUCAAUUCAGCGUGGUUCAGUAUUAGAAUUAAGGCUAUGUAUUAAGUGUGGAACUUUAGAAUUAGUUGAAAAAAUAUACAUUUUCGAAAAUUUAAAGCA